AUGGCACCGGCAAAUAUUCAAGUCCCAUAUGGGCACAUGGCUACCACAACCCUCAAGGUUGAGGGUAUGACAUGCGGCGCCUGUACCUCGGCCGUUGAAGCUGGCUUCAAGGAUGUCGACGGGGUUGGUAGCGUGUCGGUCAGCCUUGUAAUGGAACGCGCCGUGGUUAUGCACGACCCCGACCAAAUAACCGCCGAACUAGUUAAAGAAAUCAUCGAAGACCGAGGGUUCGACGCCGAGGUGCUGGCCACCGAUCUCCCGACGCCUAUGAUCGCCAGGCAUCCCAAACAAGACCUGGAAGCUUCCGACGACUCCGCGUUAAUGGUUACCACCGUCGCAAUCGAGGGCAUGACAUGUGGUGCUUGCACAUCAGCGGUCGAAGGCGCAUUCAAGGACGUAUCUGGCGUACGACACUUUAGCAUUUCACUACUCUCCGAGAGAGCCGUUAUCGAGCAUGACCCGACACUGUUGAGCGCCGAUGCUAUCUGCGAAGCCAUUGAAGAUCGCGGGUUUGGCGCGACUCUCGUCGAGAGUGUUCAUAAGGAACUCGAAAGAGAGUCGAUUUCCGGCGCGGCGACAUCCUCCAAACCGUCAAGCGCGACCACGACGGUAGCGAUCGAGGGCAUGACUUGCGGCGCUUGCACUUCAGCUGUAGAACAAGGAUUCAAGGAUGUGGAGGGAGUUUUGAGAUUCAAUAUCAGCCUUCUCGCUGAGCGAGCGGUUAUUUUGCACGAUCCAACGGUAUUACCGGCUGACAAGAUCGUGGAAAUCAUCGAAGAUCGAGGUUUUGAUGCCAAGGUUCUAACAACAACAUUUGAUCAACCUACCCACUCUAGCGGUACUUCGAUAGCACAGUUCAAGAUCUAUGGAAGUCUUGAUGCCGCCGCAGCGAAUAAGCUAGAGGAGGAGGUUCUUGCGCUCCCUGGUGUCACCAGCGCCAAAUUGGCCAUUGCCACCUCCAGACUGACUGUCACCCAUAUGCCUAAUGUUACUGGACUUCGAGCCAUUGUCGAAACCGUCGAAGGCGCCGGCUAUAAUGCCCUUGUGGCAGACAACGAUGACAACAAUGCCCAGCUGGAGUCACUCGCCAAGACGCGGGAGAUCAACGAAUGGAAGCAGGCAUUCAGGAUCUCGGCUGCUUUCGCCGUCCCAGUCUUCUUUAUCAGCAUGAUCUUUCCCAUGUUCCUAAAGUUCCUUGACUUUGGGCACGUCAAACUAAUUCCAGGUCUAUAUCUUGGAGAUGUGGUCUGUUUGGCUCUCACGAUACCGGUUCAGUUUGGCAUUGGAAAGCGCUUCUACGUAUCGGCUUGGAAGUCGAUAAAACAUAGAUCGCCGACUAUGGAUGUCCUUGUUGUUCUCGGUACUUCGUGCGCUUUUUUCUUCAGCAUUGCCGCGAUGACAGUCUCGAUAUUAUUCCCUCCGCACACCCGGCCGAGCACCAUUUUUGACACAAGUACCAUGUUGAUCACCUUCAUCACUCUCGGCCGUUUCCUCGAAAACCGGGCCAAGGGUCAGACGUCCAAGGCGCUCUCGCGCCUUAUGUCCUUGGCUCCAUCGAUGGCUACUAUCUAUGCUGACCCCAUCGCGGCGCAAAAGGCUGCCGAGGGCUGGGAUAGCAAAGUAGACUCGGACGACCCUCAGGAGCAACGUGAGGGCAACGCAGCGGAGGAGAAGGUCAUUCCCACAGAACUUAUCCAGGUCGGCGACAUCGUUCUUGUCCGUCCUGGUGACAAGAUUCCCGCCGAUGGUGUUCUUGUCAGGGGUGAGACGUAUGUCGACGAAAGUAUGGUCACUGGAGAAGCCAUGCCCGUUCAGAAGAAGAAGGGAAGCCUCUUGAUCGGCGGCACUGUCAACGGCGCGGGGCGAGUUGACUUCCGUGUUACUCGUGCAGGCCGGGACACUCAGCUCAGCCAGAUCGUCAAGCUGGUCCAAGAUGCUCAGACGACCCGUGCCCCCAUUCAGCGUCUGGCGGACACUCUUGCUGGAUACUUCGUGCCGACGAUUUUGAUCCUCGGUCUGACGACAUUCUUUACCUGGAUGAUUCUGAGCCAUGUCCUGUCAACCCCUCCAAAGAUCUUCUUGGAAGAUGCAAGUGGCGGCAAGAUCAUGGUGUGCGUCAAGCUUUGCAUUUCCGUCAUUGUUUUUGCGUGCCCUUGUGCCCUUGGCCUCGCAACGCCUACCGCUGUCAUGGUUGGUACGGGUGUUGGUGCGGAAAACGGCAUUCUCGUCAAGGGUGGUGCUGCUCUCGAGACCAUUACUAAGAUCACUCAAGUGGUUCUCGACAAGACCGGUACCAUCACCUAUGGAAAGAUGACUGUCGCCAAAGCCAACAUUGUUUCAGUAUGGCAGGACAAUGACUGGCGCCGUCGUCUUUGGUGGACUGUCGUGGGCCUGGCUGAAAUGGGUAGUGAACACCCCGUGGGCAAAGCGGUCCUCAACGCAGCCAAAACAGAGCUUGGUCUCGAGGUAGAGGGAACAAUUGAUGGCACCAUUGGCAACUUCACCGUAGCCGUGGGCCAGGGUAUUACCGCGGAGGUUGAGCCAGCUUCCUCGCUGGAGAGGACGCGUUACCGGGUACACGUAGGCAACGUCCGCUUCCUCCGGGACAACAACAUCGAGAUCCCAGAAUCCGCGGUCGAGGCCGCCGAAGAAAUCAAUGAAGCCGCCGCUAGCUCUCGCUCCAAGUCGGCCCCCUCCAACACCCCAGCAGGCACCACCAACAUCUUCAUCGCCAUCGACGGCAAAUACGCCGGCCACCUCUGUCUCUCCGACACCAUCAAAGACGGCGCCGCCGCCGCCAUUGCCGUUCUCCACCGCAUGGGCGUCAAGACCGCCAUCGUGACCGGCGACCAACGUAGCACCGCCAUUGCCGUCGCCUCGGCCGUCGGUAUCGACCCAGAGGAUGUCUACGCCAGCGCCUCGCCCGACCAAAAGCAAGCCAUCAUCCAACAACUCCAAUCGCGCGGUGCCGUCGUCGCCAUGGUUGGGGACGGCAUCAACGACUCGCCCGCCCUCGCCACCGCAGACGUCGGCAUCGCCAUGAGCUCCGGCACCGACGUAGCCAUGGAGGCUGCAGACGUGGUUCUCAUGCGGCCCAACGACCUGAUGGACAUACCCGCCGCGCUGCAUCUGGCGAGGACCAUCUUCCGCCGCAUCAAGAUGAACCUGGCGUGGGCGUGCAUGUACAACCUGAUCGGCCUGCCCUUCGCCAUGGGCAUCUUCCUGCCGUUCGGCUACCACCUGCACCCGAUGGGCGCGGGCGCCGCCAUGGCGGCUAGCAGUGUGAGUGUGGUGGUCAGCAGUCUGUUUCUCAAGUUCUGGGCGAGGCCCAAGUGGAUGGACAAGGCGCUUUAUGAGUUUGAGAUGGACAAGAACGGUUUUACCAAGGGGAGUCUCAGGAAGCGCGGUGCCGGAUGGGGACUGUUUGAAGGCGUUGUUACUAAGGUCCGGGAUGUACUGGGUGUUGGGGCGACAAGGAGGAAUAAGGAUGAGGGGUAUGUGCCGCUUGAUAACCUUGAUGCAGCUGAGCAUGCUGUGUAA